ACACACAUUAUCCAAAAACCAUGAGCUCCUUCACCAAUUCAACAUUUUCCAUCCAUGUCAACCACAACUUCCCCACACCUCAAAAUCACCAGUGCAGCAAGCUCUCCCUCCCCGUUAUCCCAGCAUCGAUUCAACCCCAACAAAACAAUAUGAUAACCCGCAACAGGAGAAAAAUCGUAACAACUUUUCUUGCUACUUCACUAGCAGCACUAGGACUGCAUGGCACGCCCGUAGCGGUGGCGGAGAAUUGGGGCACGCAUUCGUUUCUCAGGGAACGUUUUUUCGAGCCCAGUUUGUCACCAGAGGAUGCCGCCGCGAGAAUCAAACAAACUGCCGAGGGGUUGCAUAGCAUGCGAGACAUGUUGGACACCAUGUCGUGGAGGUAUGUCAUGUUUUAUAUUCGACUGAAGCAGGCUUAUCUUUCUCAGGAUUUGAAGAAUGCCAUGAACACAUUGCCCCAAGGUCGUAAAGAUGCGUAUGUGAAAACUGCAAAUGAAUUGGUGGAUAACAUGGCGGAGUUCGAUUAUUACAUCCGUACACCAAAAGUAUACGAAUCGUACUUGUAUUACGAGAAGACAUUGAAAUCCAUAGAUGAUCUAGUGGCAUUAUUGGGGUAGAACACCGGUGCCAGCAGCUGGUGAUAUACAUGAGCAAUAGGCAAUUUUUUCUUUCGCAGCUACUGUUCAUACAAUUAUAGUUCCGUUACAAAAGAAAACACUCAAACCAGCUUCCAGUAAGAUGUACUGCUGGGAAUAAGCUUUUGAGUUA